AGGCGGCACGUUACGUGGUGCCUCCGCCCAGAUAUCCGGAUUACUCGUCACCCAUCCUUGGUCGCAUUGUCUCCCGAUAUCCAUCAUGCAUUUGGCAAACUGUGCGUUUCGACCUGGACACUAGUAUUUAAUGACCAGCGCAGACGAUGGUGGCAAUCCCUUACGCUUACCUGUGUUCGAGAUGUGUUGGGAUAAUCGACGCGUUCAGUCUAACCCCUCAUGCUAUCCCUCCGCAACGACCAGUCAUUACUCGGAACUGGGCCACGCACUUGACGAGGGCAAGAUCGGCAGCACGUCGAAGGAGGUGGCUGUUAGUUCGAAAAGACAUCAGACCACCGACGGGGUCUUUCAUCGAGACAACGCGCCGACUGAAGUCGCGCAUACUGUUCAUUUGCCUCUCACGUCGACGAGUGGGGAUUACAAGCUGCAUUCCGGUGGUGUUGAAGCAUUGGUCAAGGAAUACACCGCGCGCGACGAGCCAAAGCCCAUGGCGGGACCACGGUCAUAUGCCCACGACUAUCUAACUGACUUGAGAGCCAUGGAAGCCGUGAUAGCCAACGAAGGGUUUGAGAAAUUUGUCGCCCAGCUCGAGCAGUCUGAAGUGUCCAGGCCUAGCUCCUCCCAAAUGAUGUGUAUAAAAGAGGUGCCACAAAAACGCUACAAGCCUAAGUCACGAAUCCCGUUCAAACCGUUCAUUUUAUUCGAGUUCGUUCCGGACAUGAACGACCUCGUUUGGCUAUCCGCAGCAUUAAAAGAAGAGGUAAAAAGACGAGGACUACACAAGCCCGUGUACAAAGGGAAAAUCAGUCAAAAGGCGUCCAUACAAAUUUUGUGGCCAGGGUACACAUCUUAUACGAAACAAGUGAACGUCCGGACCUCGGCGAAGGUGCCGCAAUCCAUCACUAUCAUGAAACUUGCAAAGGAGAUAGCGAAGCAGGUGAAGAUCAUGAUCGAGAAAUUUUCCGGCAUGAAGUGUACCGAGCCUGGGUGGGAAUUGUCUCCCGGAGGCUCCAUUACCUUUGAUCAGAUCGUGCUCCUGGGAGUGAAACAGGUUUCCAAGCGCGGCUUUCAACCUGUUCUAGCAGUGCUUCGACAAGAUUGAUCAUAUACUUAGCAUUGUAUGCACCAGUAUACGUUGUAGCUCAAACGAAGCCAGCUGGAUUU